ACACUCCAAUCCACAAAAUCUACCUUCCUCUUUUAAGUUGCAAAAAUAUCAAAAGUACAAGUUUGUACCAAAAAAAGAAGAAAAAAAUGACAAGUGGCAAGAAAAUAGAGUUGAUCUUCAUUCCUUCUCCAGGAAUUGGUCACUUAGUAUCCACAGUAGAAAUGGCAAAACUUCUCAUAACUAGAGAAAAAAACAUGUCCAUUACAGUUCUCAUUAUCCAAUCACCUCAUGACAACAAGCUCCCUUCUUAUAUUCAAUCAUUAACCAAUUUCAGCUCAAGUUUGAAAUUCAUUCACCUCCCUCAAGAUGACACUGUUUUAAAGCUACUCAAAAGUAACCUUUUCACCUCCUAUAUUCCUGCUCAUAAGCCUGCAGUUAGAGAUGUUGUAGCUGAAAUUAUCAAGACACAAUCAAAUGUUACACUAGCAGGUAUCGUCAUCGACUUAUUUUGCACCUCUAUGAUAGAGGUGGCCAAUGAAUUCGAGCUACCAACCUAUGUUUUCUACACCUGUGGAGCAGCUCCUCUUGGUCUUCAGUUCCAUAUACAGAGCCUUACUGAUGACUUUGGAAGAGAUUUUACUAAUUACAAAGAUGAACCUGAAGCAGAACUCUCUAUACCAACAUAUUUCAAUCCAUUUCCUGCAAAAUGUUUGCCCUCUGUCGCAUUAGACAAGGAAGGAGGUUCCACCAUGUUUCUUGACCUUACGAGAAGGUUUAGAGAAACCAAAGGUAUAAUGAUUAAUACCUUUCUUGAACUGGAUUCCCACGCGAUAAACUUCCUCUCACAAGACAAGAAUAUACCACCGGUUUACCCUGUGGGACCUGUAUUGAACCUUAAUAAUGUUCAAGGUGACAACUUGAGUUUAUCAGACCAGAAUAUGAUGAAAUGGUUAGAUGAUCAACCCACUUCAUCUGUAGUGUUCCUCUGUUUUGGUAGCGGAGGAAGUUUUACGAUAGAGCAAGUUAAGGAAAUAUCAUAUGCUCUCGAGAAUAGUGGGUGUCGGUUUUUGUGGACAUUGAGACAGCCACCACAGAAAGAUGCAACACUUCCAGAUGACUAUGAAAAUUUUGAAGAAGUACUGCCAGAAGGGUUCUUGCAGAGAACACAAGGGAUUGGAAAGGUGAUAGGAUGGGCACCUCAAUUGGCCAUUUUAUCUCACAAAGCAGUGGGUGGCUUUGUGUCGCACUGUGGAUGGAAUUCGACUUUGGAAAGCACCUAUUUUGGAGUGCCAAUGGCUACUUGGCCAAUGUACGCAGAGCAGCAAGCAAAUGCAUUUCAGUUGGUUAAGGAUUUGGAAAUGGCAGUCGAGAUCAAGAUGGAUUACAGGAAGGAACCGACAGGGAAGAUGGGCCAAAAAGUUAUAGUGAAAGCAGAGGAGAUUGAGAAAGCAAUAAGAGAACUUAUGGACCCUGAAAAUAAAAUUCGGAUGAAAGUGACGGAGAUGAAGGAGAAGAGCAGAGCAGCAACCAUGGAAGGAGGCUCUUCUUACACUUAUAUUGGAAGUUUCAUCCAGAGUAUCAUGGAGAAUACUCCAUGAUUAGCUGCUUUGAUAUGUUUUUCCUUGAACCUAGGGUCUAUCAGAAACAACCUCUCUACCUCUAGAAGGUGGGAUAAGGUUUGCAUACAGUUUACUCUCCCCUGACCCCACUUGUGGAUUACGUGGAGUAUGUUGUUGUUGUAAUUUGAUCGAUAUAGUUGGUUAUGUACCCUCGUUUCUAAGUCACUAGCAAAGCUUGCCCGUGCUGAGCACGACCAAGAUUGUAUUAGUUGUUAUAAUAUCUUUUUUUAGCUGAAUUUGUUUCACAUGAUAUACAAAUAUUUCAAAUAGUUUUAGUUCA